CGAUAGCGUCACAUGUCUGCGCUUUAUCUGGCACUUAAGGCUCAUCGUAACCCCAAAGUUGGAUUCCAUUUGGCCGUCUUCGGUGUUGUUGGGAGUUAAAUGUUGAGGUAUCCCUAUACCAUCGUGCCUCUGUCUCUCUUCUCGCCAUCGUCUCUGGCCCAGCUUCCACCGAUUCACGGGGCCCUAUUCCGAGCUACGUAUCCCUGUCACAUAUCGCUCGGUUCAGGCUUAAUAUGGCCUAACCUCCGCACGCGGUCGACAAGGCAGUAUGUGUCAAGCGUUGGGGGAUAUGGGCGUUACGAGUGGCCAGACAAGGAAGGAAGAACCCAGGCACGUCGGCACCGAGACGAGGAACGAGACGAAGAAAAUGAGUGGCUAGGUCGAAUGAGACCUACUGCGCGCCCUCGAAUGCAAGGGAGAAGAGACUGUGUCGCGUCUCAGGCUACUAGCCUACACGGCGCCACGCCGCACGAGAAGCCAUAUCGUUGGCCUACGUCUACAGGCAGGAAGCGCAGGCAAGCCGGCAUAUACCCUGCCCUGCGACAUAGCCCGUAAUAAUCAAGCGUCGCAUUCCACCCUGUUAGUCUGCCACGCCGUGCGGUCCUGUCUAGUCGUGGCGGCCGUGUGUCUGAGCAUGAGACGGGGCCGCGAGACGGGCGCUGCUAGCCGGCUCCACACCGGAGGAAUGCAGAGCCCGCGGCCAGGAACGGCGAGACAACACCAUGCCAUCACAUGUGCUAAGCACUGUGCAGCAGCGCAGAGAGAAGGGGGAGGGGCAUGGGCAUUCCUGAAGACGGCUCAGGCUGUCUUAUUUAUCGGCCGCGCGCCUAGACA